CUCUCUGUUUAGCUAAUGAAGCAUCAUGGCCCAGCAUGAGCAAGAGUGUGUCAGAUUGGAGGAGCAACAGUCCAGAACAGCUUCCCUCUGGUUAUGGCACUUACCCCAGUGCCAGCCACCAGGUGGCGGGGCAUCACUGCCCCUCCAGCUCCCUGCCCCGCUCGGCCCCCGGGACACUGGGCUGGCCCCGAUCCAGCGCUGCAAAUGCCUCCUCAAUCUCCUCUUCAUCGUCUUCCUCUUCACAACAAAUACAGCAACGGAUCUCCGUCCCUCCAAACUCAAGCCAAGGCUCCCCCUCCCAGCCACAAACAGAGCGAACAGACCCCCCUCCAGCGGUGGCCGUUCGUCCGUACGUCCCGGACCAUCCCUCCAGGCCCCAGUCUCCGAGGAAGGGCCCCGCCACCAUGAACAGCAGCUCCAUUUACAGCAUGUACCUCCAGCAGCCGCAGGCCAAGAACUAUGGGUCUCUGAGCAACAGGACUACUGUCAAAGCAGUCUACGGUAAACCUAUCCUCCCCACCUCCUCCACCAAUCCGUCCCCUGUCCCUUUCCUCCAGGGAGGAGGAGGAGUAAAAGCAGGAGGAGAGGAUGUAACAGAUAAAGAAGGAGGGAAAGGAGGAGAGAGUACUGAUGGGCAAAUCCUCCCCCAACCCACUGUGGACAACAUCCCUCGCCCCCUCAGCCCCACAAAGCUCACCCCAGUCGCCCACUCCCAGCUGCGUUACCAGAGCGAUGCUGACCUGGAGGUUCUGCGACGACGCCUCAGCAAUGCCCCGCGGCCCCUGAAGAAACGCAGCUCCAUCACUGAGCCUGAGGGUCCCCAGGGGCCAAACAUCCAAAAACUUCUAUACCAGAGGUUCAACACGUUGGCAGGAGGCAUGGAAGGAGGCUCAGGUAAUACCUUCUACCAGCCUGACUGCACUUUGGGUGAAGUGGACAACAUCCAUUCAUCCAAUGGGAUUGUAAAACCUGGAGACAAGCACGUGAAUACGGCAACCGCCGAGGGGGAGGUCCAAAACCUGAACUCGGGCUCUCGCCGCUUGUCCCCCCCUUCUGUUGCCAUAGAAACACCCAAAGAGACGUCAGCAAAAGCAGAAACGACCAAAAACGUGUCACCACCGACCCGCUCCAGCCCGCCCUCUGCACCUGAUAGGCCGGAGGACCAGAACAACAACAAGAAAGGAUCAAGUCCUGCACACGGCUCUGUAGGCCACUCAUCCCCAUCAACAUCCCCUCCUGCCCCCCCUUCAAAACCUAAGGUGAAGCGAACUAACCUAAAGAAACCGUCAUCAGAGCGAACGGGCCACGGGCUGAGAGUGAAGUUUAACCCUCUGGCUCUACUGCUGGAUGCUUCCUUAGAGGGAGAGUUUGACCUUGUGCAGAGGAUUAUAUAUGAGGUAACACAAUAUCAUGUUUUUGUUCCACUAUAUGUAUUACUUUGUCUCUAGAAAUCAAAUCAAGCCAAGUUUAUCUGUACAGCUUAUCUUAAAUUGAACCAAAGGGCUCUACAAGCUGACAUUAGAAAUGCUUUGAAAGAAAACAAGA